CAACCCCAAAAUAAAUUUAACCCAAAACUAGCUCUACAUUCCCGACCCGUUUUUGGACCCAAACCCGAAAUCAAACUGACCAGCUGCGACUCACAAGCUGCUAUUGAUCACUGUCACUGUUGCCUAAGGAAGAAGAAGAAGAAGAAGAAAAAGAGAGACAGAGACAGAAGGCUCCGGUGCUCAGGUGAGUACCUAACCCAGAUCUAGUAACCGCCACCGUCGCAUUGCUAAGCUAAGCCAAUUCUGAGAGCCACUCGCAGCCAGAGUAUCAGGUGAUAGAGAGAGUGCGAAAUGGCGUCUCGGCUGCAGAAGAUCGAAACGGACGAAUCGGUACUACUGCGAGUGACGCAUUCCAACCUCAAGACCUUCUCUGCGGAAAUCCGGUUCUCCCUGCAGAGCACCGUGGAGGCCGUGAAAGACAAGCUAUGGCGCAAAUGCGGCACUUCUGUGAAUUCCAUGUCUCUUCAUCUCUACGACGAUGCCAACACCAAAGUCGCCGAUCUCGCCGACAAUUCCAGACCCCUCGGCUUCUAUUCCCCUCUCGACGGGUUCCGGCUACAUAUUAUCGACCUGGACCCGUCGUCGGUGACCUCCGGCGGGUGGCUGGAGGACACGUCGUUGGUGGAGAAGUACACGAUUUCCCAGGAAGCUUAUGAGAAACGCGACGGCACUUAUAAAAAGUUUAAGGACAAAUUGGCAUCUCAGAAUACAUCAGCUGUUGAUAAUAAAAUACCAGACAACUACAUGGAAGACCUCUGUGCGAAUAUUAAGGUAGGAGAUAGAUGUCAAGUUGAACCAGGGGACAAAAGAGGUGUUGUUAAAUUUGUCGGCCGAGCAGAAUCUUUGGCUCCUGGUUUCUGGGUUGGAGUUCAAUAUGAUGAACCAUUGGGAAAGCACGAUGGCAUGGUGAAAGGAACUCGUUACUUCAAUUGCCCCCCUCUUCACGGCGCAGUGGUUCGACCCGACAAAGUCAAGGUCGGUGACUACCCAGAACGAGAUCCCUUCGAGGAGGAUGAAAUUUAAGCAGACCUUGAGGAGAGUACUUGUUAGACCAAAAAUGAGGAGAUUACUUAUUUACCUCCUGUUUCUACUCGGCGGACCGUUAUUAGGCAAUCACCUCGAAUUCUCUUUCUUUAUUACAUUUCUUCAGGUUGUAACGUUCAAGCAAGUAAAACCUUCCAAAGUGUUCAAAGAACUGAAAAUUGUUUAAGGUGCUUCAGGGGUCGAAGUGGAACUUUAAGUUUGAAGCUUUGCUACCCCUAUCGGUACAUUACAUGCUUUGUAGUUUGUCAGGGGGAAAUGAAGUGAAUUAAAAAACAAUGUUCUUGCUGAGAUCGCACUGAA